AUGUCUCGACAGACACGACGACAUCUCCGACUUCAAAUUCAGUCAACGACGCGUUCGAAAAAGCAAAGGGUUGACGAUGAUGGCUACGACAAAUACGACACUCAAACUUUACCAUCUAUAAAACGCACCAAGCUUCAAGAAACCGAUCCUUCAACAAAUUACAUCGUUAAUCCUUCUCAUUUAACUUUUAGUGAAAUAAAUUCCACUCCGGGUUACAACAUUAAUAGUAUUAUUAAUCAUAACGACACCAACGAUUAUGAUUACACCAAUAAUCAUUAUAAUAAUAAUAUUGUUUAUCCUUAUAAUAAUUUAAAUAAUAAUGUUGUUAGUAAUGUCGAUGUUAGUGAUGGCAGUAAUUUACCAGGUUAUUAUAAUUAUACAAGUAAUUCUACGAACAAUAUUGACGACACUAUUAAUAACAAUCACAGUAAUAUCAAUCAACAAUUUAUACCAAUGAUUCAUAAUCCAUACAACCAUCCUAUAAAUGAUAAUGAUAAUGAUGAUAGCGAUGAUAACGACAUAGAUUAUAGAGAUAAUUUCAAUCCAUAUCUAUAUCAAAAUAUGACUAAUAAUAACCAUUAUACACAAAAUCAAAAUAAUUUAAUACCAUACAAUAGUGUUAGCAGUAAUGGCGAUAUAAACAAUAUUAUUAGCGCAGAUAAUUUUUCAGACUCUUCUUCUACAUUCAAUCGUUCUCCAUAUUCAAACCCGAAUAAUAAUAUAAAUACAAUUUUAACUCCUCUAUCAUCAUCAUCGACAACAACGCCACCAGAUAUUGUCACUACAGUCAACAACAAAAAUAAUGAAAACAGCGAGAAUAACGUUCCUAUUAUUAUUAAUAUAUGUUGGGGAAUGAUUGAGACUUCGGCAAUAGUUAUGAAACCUAGACCUUGUACUGGUGGUAUAGGUUAUGUUAGUGUAGAACUAGAAAGAAAUACAAAACCAACCGCCACGUAUUUAUAUAUAUUUGUCAAGGCGAAUGGAGAAGCAUUUGGUACAGUUGAACCAGAGUUAGCUAAAACUCUGACAUCAUUAAUGGACGAUAAUCUUAUUUGGACAGAAGCUUAUAUAUCAAAGGAAUAUUCAAUAUCGGACACAUUAAUUCCACUAUAUAUUAAUAUAUAUGGCCAUCCUGAUAAUACAAGUUCUGUUAGCAAUCAUUUAUUCAACAAUAAUGUUACAUUAAAGAAUCCAAUAGUAGAAUAUAAUAAAAAUACGCGUUAUUCAAAUCCUCAUUAUCCAUUAUCUGUCAACAGACUUAUAUCAGAAAAUACUCUCCCUUUAUUAAAGAAUAUGAAUAUUAAUAAUUUUAUAGGUGGUAGAAGCGUUAAUGUUAAUAGUAUUCUGGCUGCUAGUGGUGGGGUAUCAACAAAAGUAGCAAGUGAUAAUGUGAAAAAUCAAAUUGAUUCCGUUUUUAAUUCUUUAAUGAAUUCUGAUGAUAUUUCAGAAGCACAACCUGAUGAACGAUUGAUAACUCCAUUAUAUAAACAUCAAAAACAAGCAUUAUUUUUUCUAUUGGAAAGAGAAAAAUUUAAUGAUUUUACUAAUGAGGAAACCAAUGCCUUAACUUCUUUAUGGAGAACCAGAAGAAACGCAGAUCGUUAUCUUGUGUAUUAUAAUGUGGUCACCGAUGAUGAAAUCGAUGAGAAACCUUCUCAAAUGAGAGGCGGGAUAGUAGCUGAUGAUAUGGGACUUGGUAAAACCAUUCAAAUAAUUGCAUUGGUUCUUGGUACUUUGGAGGAAGCGAGAAAAUUUUCAAAUGUAAAACCAAAACCCAACAAUAAAACAAAAUCAACCUCACCAACUUUUUUAAACUCCUCCCUUAUUACUACUGCAAAUGAUAAUUCUGAAAAAAAGCCAAAUAUAAAUGAUUAUGAUGAUUCUGAGUUAUCAGAUUCUGAUUCAUAUGUGGAAAGUACAGAUGGUAUAAAGUCAAGAGGAACUCUUAUUAUAUGUCCACUUUCGACUAUUUCGAAUUGGGAGGAUCAGUUUACUAGUCAUGUCAAAUCCAAAACUCUUAGUAUUUACGUUUAUCAUGGAGGAACCAGAAUAUCAGAUCCAUCUCUUCUAGUUGAUUAUGAUAUUGUCCUAACCACUUAUAAUGUUACAGGCACUGAAUAUAAUAAACAGACAAAAAACAAUAUUACUAGUGCUUUACAAAAAAUUCAUUGGUUUCGUAUAGUGUUAGAUGAAGCUCAUGUUAUAAAAGAUGUAAAUACUGUUCAGAGUAAAGCUGCUUGCUCAUUAAACGCUGAAAGAAGAUGGUGCCUUACUGGAACUCCAAUUCAAAACAAACUUGAUGAUCUUUUUGCUCUUAUUAAGUUUCUACACAUGUCACCAUUUGAUAAAAAGGAAAAUUGGAAUUAUUACAUAUCUAAACCCAUCAAAACGAUAGAUUCCAUUGGUCUGAAUCGAUUACAAACUUUGAUGAAAUGUAUUAUGUUACGUAGAAAGAAAUUUGCAAAUGGAAGACAAUUGUUGGCAUUACCACCAAAAAAGGAUCAUAUCACUUAUCUUGAACUUGACGAAUAUGAAAGAAAGUUGUACAACAAGGUUCAUUCACGUCAAACAAAAAAAUUAAAAAUCAUGGAAGAAAAUAAUAAUGUUAUGCAAAAUUAUGUAAAUAUUUUGGCUUCGAUAUUAAGAUUGAGACAAAUAUGUGCUCAUUUUUCAUUGAUUGGUUCAUUGCAAAUACCUGACGACUUGGAUGAUGACAAUGAUGGUGUUUUGACAAUUAAACGAGCUGUGGUGAUAUUGGAACUUUUUAGGGAAAGUGGUUUGGACCAGUGUUGCACAUGUUCUCAAUAUGUGAGUGAUGUGUCAGUUAUAACAAAAUGUGAACAUUUGUUUUGUGUUGAAUGUGCAAAGAAAUCUAUGGAAGACAUUCUUAAAAAAAUUGGAGAUGUUAUCGAAGUUAAAGAUUCAUUGUUUGAUGAAAUCAAAAAUUCUAAGAAAACAAUAAAACAAGAAAUUAAAACAUCAACUAACGUUACACAUAGCACUAAAGUUAAAGCCUUGAUUGCUGAUUUAUUAGCAGUGAAAAUUAAUAAUACCAAAAGUGUAGUAUUUUCACAAUGGACAAAAUUAUUGGAUUUAAUCGAGGUUGCAUUAAAAGAAAAUGAUUUAACUUUUACGAGGUUAGAUGGCACAAUGAAUAGAUUAGAGCGUGCACAAAAUAUAGAAUGUUUUAAAGCAUCUGAUAAAGUGAACGUUAUUCUUGUUUCAUUGAAAGCUGGUGGUGUUGGAAUUCAUAGAUUAGGUCAAACAGCACCAGUCGAUACUAUAAGGUUUAUUAUAAAGGAUUCAGUAGAAGAAAAUAUUUUGAAACUUCAGAGUCGUAAACUAAAACUUGCCGAGUUAACAUUAUCACAAAAACUGAGUAAAAAAGAAAUUGCACAAAGAAGAUUAGAAGAUUUGAAAGUUUUAUUUAAAUAA